GGGGCGAUGAGCCAGGCAUUGUGGUGGAGUGGUCUAGCUGGGCCUGCCCAGCCUUGCAAACUGUGGAGCGGACUUGCACGUUGACUGUGAGACUGAGAAGCUGCGGGACAUCCUGGAGGAGCCGCGUGCUGUGUUCUCUGGAAUGAGGGGCAGUCCUCGGAGCGCAGCUGGUGGUGACCCUGCUCGCUGCCACUCUCAUGCACAGGCUGGCACCGCACUGCUCCUUUGCACGCUGGCUGCUCUGCAACGGCAGCCUCUUCAGAUACAAGCACCCUUCGGAGGAAGAGCUCCGGGCCCUGGCAGGGAAGCAGAGGCCCAGAGGCAGGAGGGAGCGGUGGGCCAAUGGCUAUAGUGAAGAGAAGACUCUGUGUGUCCCCCGAGAUGCCCCUUUCCAGCUGGAGACCUGCCCCCUCACAGUUGUGGAUGCCCUCGUCCUGCGCUUCUUCCUGGAAUACCAGUGGUUCGUGGACUUUGCCGUGUACUCGGGUGGUGUGUACCUCUUCACAGAGGCCUAUUACUAUGUUUUGGGCCCGGCCAGGGAGACCAACAUAGCUGUGUUUUGGUGUCUGCUUACCAUCGCCUUCUCUGUCAAGGUGUUCCUGACAGUGACUCGGCUGUACUUCGGCGCUGAGGGGGGCGGCGAGCGCUCAGUCUGCCUCACCUUCGCCUUCCUCUUCCUGCUCCUGGCCAUGCUGGUGCAGGUGGUGCCGGAGGAGACCCUUGAGCUAGGCCUGGAGCCAGGCCUGGCCAGUGUGACCCAGAACUUGGAGCCACUUCUGAAGACACAGGGCUGGGACUGGGUGCUUCCUCUGGUCAAGCUGGCCAUCCGCGUGGGGCUGGCGCUCCUAGGCUCCACGCUGGGCGCCUUCCUCACCUUCCCAGGCCUGCGGCUGGCUCAGACCCACCGAGAUGCACUGACCAUGUCAGAUGACAGGCCCUUGCUGCAGCUUCUCCUGCACAUGAGCUUCCUGUCACCCCUGUUCAUCCUGUGGCUCUGGACCAAGCCCAUUGCACGCAACUUCCUGCGUCAGGCACCCAUUGGGCGCACAUCUGUCUCCCUGCUGUCAGACUCGGCCUUUGACUCACUGCGCCUCUGGGUGCUGGUGGCACUGUGCCUGCUGCGGCUGGCAGUGACCCGGCCCCACCUGCAGGCCUACCUGUGCCUGGCCAAGGGCCGCGUGGAGCAGCUGCGGCGGGAGGCUGGCUGCAUCGAGGCCUGCGAGAUCCAGCGGCGGGUGGUACGGGUCUACUGCUACCUGACGGUGGUGAGCCUGCAGUACCUGACGCCGGUCAUCCUCACCCUCAACUGCACGCUUCUGCUCAAGACGUUGGGGGGCUACUCUUGGGGCCUGGGCCCGGCCCUCCCACUAUCCCCAGUGCCGACAGCGGCCCGAGGUGGCCCAGUGGGCCCCCAGGAGGACGAGGCCCAGCAGGCGGCGGCCCGGAUCACCGGGGCCCUGGGUGGCCUGCUCACGCCCCUCUUCCUCCGUGGCGUCCUGGCCUUCCUCACCUGGUGGACUGCGGCCUGCCAGCUGCUUUCCAGCCUCUUCGGCCUCUACUUCCACCAGCACCUGGCAGGCUCCUAGCCCCUCGAAGACACUUCUGGGGCCCCAUGCUCACCCCCCUGUGUGUGCCUCAACAUCCCCAGGUGCAAGUGGGCCUGGGAGUCCCCGCUGUGCUCGCCUCUUCACUGCAGUGCCUGCGCAGGCUCUCCUUGGACCCUGAGCUUCUGCCUCAAAACUAUAUCCUGAUACGGGGCCAGAGGGUCCCACGGCCAUUGUUCCUGGAUUGCGUGUGGACAUUCAUGUUUGACAGCAGAGCAAGGGGCCCCUCUUCUGCAUAACGGGAAGCAUUUUACAAAAAGGGAAACACAGGGAGAUGGGGGGGUGGGGAGCCCGCAUGCCGGGCCAGGCGACAGCGGCUUCUGCCCUCUGCUGCAGGUACACGGGACCGCUCUCCUGGAAAGGUCACACACAGGCAGUGGGCACAUUGCUGAGGCCACAGUGACCCAGGGGAAAGAGAAUGAGGGGCCUUCUUUGACUCCAGAUUUUUCCUGUCACUGUGGCCGCAGUAGGAGCCGUGCGUGCGUGCGUGCGUGCGUGCGUGCGUGCGUAAAAGAACAUAUGUAUGGCUAGAAAGCCAAAAUUCAACUGAGUAAAUUUUAAUGAUUUUAAUUGGCUUCAUUCAAUGACUCCUGAAUCAGGCAGCA